ACUUGAAUCAACUUGAUGAAAAUUAGGAUAUUUAAGUAGCCAAAGAAAUCAGAAGAAAAAAAAUGAGGAAUGUAUUUACAAUGAUGUAAAGGGAGUAACUAAACGAAACUAAUAUGUGAUGAAUGAAAGUUUUGAAAGGCAAGGAUGAUGAAAUCACGACAUGGAGCUAACAUUUUCCAUUCUUUGCAUUCCCUCUCAUCUUCAUUCACACCUACAGAUCACACUCUACUCCACCGAGUUCUCGAACGCUCUAGAGUCUCCAUGGAUCUCAGAACCGCCACUAAAACCCACGCAAGAGUUGUGGUACUUGGUUUCGCCACCUACCCUUCUCUUGUGGCGUCUCUCGUAGCAACCUAUGCUCGCUGCCACCAACCCCACAUUGCCCUUCACGUUUUCUCCAACGUUUUGGACCUCUUCAGCAUGAAUUUGGUGAUUCAAAGUUUGGUGAAAGGUGGGCAAUGUGAUGUUGCCAAGAAGGUGUUUGUCAAAAUGCCUGUUAGGGAUGUGGUCACGUGGAACUCCAUGAUUGGUGGUUAUGUCAGAAGCUCGCGCUUUUUUGAUGCUUUGAGCCUCUUCCGGAGGAUGCUGAGUGCCAAGGUUGAGCCUGAUGGGUUUACCUUUGCUUCUGUGGCUACUGCGUGUGCUCGCCUUGGGGCUAUUUGCAAUGCCAAGUGGGUGCAUGGUUUGAUGGUUGAGAAGAGGGUUGAACUGAAUUAUAUAUUGAGUGCUGCGGUGAUUGACAUGUACGCCAAGUGUGGUAGGAUUGAUGUUUCAAGGCAGGUUUUUGAGGAGGUUGCACGUGAUCAUGUGUCGGUUUGGAAUGCUAUGAUUAGUGGGUUGGCGAUUCAUGGGCUUGCGGUGGAUGCAACUCUGGUCUUUUCAAGGAUGGAGAUGGAGAGUGUUUUGCCGGAUUCUGUUACUUUUAUUGGGAUUCUGACUGCUUGUAGCCACUGUGGAUUGGUUGAAGAAGGUCGCAAGUAUUUUGAUAUGAUGCAGCACCAUUACAUGAUUCAGCCGCAGCUCGAGCAUUAUGGAACCAUGGUUGAUCUCUUGGGACGAGCAGGGCUCACGGAAGAGGCCUAUGCUGUGAUUAAGGUGAUGCCUAUGGAGCCUGAUGUUGUUAUUUGGAGAGCACUUUUGAGUGCUUGUAGAAUCUACCGAAAGAAAGAACUUGGUGAAGUUGCCAUUGCAAAUAUAUCCCGCCUAGAGAGUGGAGACUUUGUGUUGUUGUCAAAUAUGUAUUGCUCUUUAAAGAGCUGGGAUAGUGCUGAGAGAGUGAGACAAUUAAUGAAAAUGGGAGGUGUUCGGAAAAACCGUGGUAAAAGUUGGAUUGAAUUGGGGGGCAGCAUUCACCAAUUCAAUGCUGCUGAUCAGUCGCAUGCUGAAAUGAAAUCAAUUUACAGAGUGCUGGAAGGUUUGAUCCAAAGAGCCAAGUUGGAGGGAUUCACACCCUUGACGGAUCUGGUUUUGAUGGAUGUUUCUGAAGAGGAAAAGGAGGAAAAUUUAAUGUUUCAUAGUGAGAAGUUGGCCUUGGCCUAUGGGAUACUGAAAAGUAGCCCUGGAACAAAAAUCAGGAUUUCAAAAAACCUGCGUAUCUGUCUAGACUGUCAUAAUUGGAUUAAAAUUGUGUCAAAAAUAUUAAACAGAGAGAUAAUUGUGAGGGAUCGGAUCCGUUUUCACCAAUUUGAAGGUGGUGUUUGCUCUUGCAGAGACUACUGGUAGCCAUGAGUGUUGGUUCUUGGUUGCAUUGUUAAGGCCCUUAGCUUAUUAUGCACAUACUGAUUGAGAAGAAACUGUAUCAGGAUUCAAAAGGUUAGAAGAGAUGAACAGCAAGUCCUUAUGCAUCAAAGUAUGAGAGAUCUCUCCAAAAAGUACAAACACCAAAUUAUCCACUUAGCUAUUUUGCCUACCUGUUAGCUUUGAACAAGGAAGUGAACCAGAAGGACAUCAAAUGGCAGCCAGCGUAGUGAAUAUAGGACACAAAGUGGCUGCAUGCGGACCAAAAAUGAGAAACUGAGAAAGGGACUUCCAACACGUUACUUUUCCGGAUGGACUAGGAAUAUCAAGAACUCGUAGUUGCAUUAAGAAAUAAGGAAAAUCAGAAAAUAUAUAUUUAACACCGAGUUUAAAGUCAGUAAUAAUAACUCAGUCAAAUGCUUAUGGCAUGUAGUAAAGUUUGUUAGGUCAAUUUCUUGUGGAUGCAUAAAAUUGUUGUUAUUGCUUACACCGGAAAUUGAGAUUUCUUACACUCAUGGUAUCAAGUGCUGCUGUCCUAUUGUUUUGUUCU